UACACGGUGGUGAUAAGUGUCAUGCCGUCCUGUCAUAGAUAGUGGUGAUGAGUAACACACUGUCAUGAACUGGUAAUGAGGACGAUGAUGAGUGUCAUGAGCUGUCACAGGUAGAGGCAAGAGUGAUGAAGAGGAAAGUGGCCAAGCUAAAACUCCACCUUAGGUCGGCACUUCACACCAGCUUCUCCUCCUGUUAAAUCUCCUUCCGUCCGUCCGUCCGUCCGUCUGCCUUCAGGAGUAAGAUGGGUCGUCGUAGGAUCCAGCGGUGUAAUACCAGAGAGCUUAAGUCACUCCUUCUGGAACCUUCAGGAGGACGAUGGUAUAGACCUGUCAACUCUUACGAUGAGGUCUUCCCCGGUGUACUACUGGGCGAUUCAGACACGGCCUUGUCCACCCAAGAAAUUAAGGACCUUGGCAUUACCCAUAUCCUAAACGCUGCACAAGGGCAUAACAACACCGCUUAUGAUGGCUACGUCAGCACCUCCCCUAGUUACUACGCCAAGCUCAAGGGACUCAAGUACUACGGGAUACCUGCACUGGAUAUGCCUGGCUUCUAUAUCAAACCUUACCUACGAGAUGCUGCUGACUUUAUCAAUGGGGCUCUGAAGCAAGGAGGUCGAGUGUUGGUUCACUGUCAGUGCGGCAUCUCUCGUUCAGCUGCUCUGGUCGUGGGUUUCCUGAUGCUUAAACGAAACAUGAAUGUCCAGACGGCUCUUGCUACUAUUAAGAAGAAGAGGAACGUCUUCCCCAACCAAGGCUUCUUGAGUCAGCUGUGUGACUUCGACUAUGAACUUCGCCGCAGUGGAGACCUUCCCGACAAUCCUGAGGACCGCCCCGUCUCCCCCAUCUUGGAGCUGGAGAGAGAGUCCUCCCCCUUCCGUAACCCCGCCGCCUACCCCAGGUUCACCCUCGUCCCCAGCAAGGUGUUCGACACUUACACCAGCACCAAGAACUACGUGAAGCCCAGCAGGGCCUCCUCCCUGGACAGAUAUGAACCUCCCCGCAAAAACUUCCAGGAUAAUCCUCUCGUUGACUCCUCCACCAGGAGCUCGAGGGGUAUGUCACCUGGCAGGGCUGUUUCGCCCUCAAGGGCCAUGUCACCUGCCAGGAGAGGGAGCCUCUCCUUCUUGUAUGAUGACGAUGAUCUGCUAGAGAACCCCAAGGUGUUCGACACCUACAGGAGGUACACGAGGUCUUCCACCAGCCCUCUGCCCACCGCCCCUUACGUCAGCUCGCUGGCCAAGCCCUACGACCCUUACGUGUCCAUGAGAUACCCAAAGUCGUACUACUACGACAGGUACUACUCUCAGCCCACCUACGAGUACAUCAACAACCUCGGCAGAUACUACGACACUUACAAGUACAACAGAGCAGCGAGCCCGUUCUCCGCCCCGAGCACCACGGUGGCUCCCGCCUCUAUCUACAGGACCUACAGGGUGUACCCCGAUAGGGCCUACCUCAUGGGCUCCUCCUACACCCCGCCAUACCCCUACACUGAGAAGUACUUCUCUCCCUUCGCCAGGUACCCGGCCACUGCCCGCACCCUCCACACCACCAACCUCACCCCAUCCAUCCGGGUCCUCAACUAAACACACUCUACACUACACACUGUUUACUUAAGUGAUCUCCUCCCGGUCUAAGAAACACUCAACUUGACGAAGCUAAUGAUCAGCACACACACACACACACACACACACUUUCCCGUCGACCUGUUAAUACUGUGAGGUAAUGGAGAGACGAUGAUGAGUGACCCAAAGACUGAUGAACACCUGGGACUACCUGUGAUUAGUUAAGUGGGGCCCAGUCCUCAUAGACCCCCAGACCUAAUAGACCAUUUUGAUCAGAGCCCAAUCCCUACUCACGAGCUAAACCUGUGGGAUCAAGUUUGAUCAGCUCAGGUCGGGUUAAAUUGGGUUGGAUCAGAUUUGGUCAGGACACAAGAGAUUAGAUUGGGUCAGGUCAGGUCAGGUCAGAUCAACGUGGUUAGGAUCUUAUCAACACUAAGUCCACCACAGGAAGACCCACAAUGCAACACAGUGUCCCAAGGGCCUCAUGUCCCAAAGGCCUCGAGUCUUGUGUGACAGGAGGCACUCAGUUACGGCGUCACAUUAAUCUUACUAACACACUCGUCUCUUUGUUACGUCACAUAACUUGUAAACAAAUAAGUAAGGUUGUGGUUACUUACACGGGUUUGUAGUCUUGUUUAUGUAUGUAUGCAUGUAUGUAUGUAUGCAUGUAUGUAUGUAGACAUUAACUAUCUAUAACAAUAAACAAGAACAAAAUAAACCUAACUUAAACUAAUUACAUGAGCAAAGAAAAAACAAACAAAUUAUAACAAUAACCAAAUGAUCUCAAAAUACCCACAUGUGUGUAUAUGUAACUUAACCUACACAUACUAUAAUACGUACAUAGAGGUUCGAACCCGCGUGUAGUAUAAACAUCUUGUCUUCGGGAAUAAACAUUACGUUAAAUUAUCCCUCAAAAUACUAAUGUAAAUAGUGUAUAUAUAUAUAACUUAUUCUGGUAAUAUUGUCUUCAAUGUUUAUUUUAACAUUAAGUCAGGUACAGGGUGGUGGAAAAAUAUAAAUAAUUGACAGGUUGUAUAGAAAUGGUUGUACAGGGUGGUUCAUUAGAUGAUGGUGUUAGGUUAGGUAGUUGUUGUUAUUGUCUGGUGUUCUCUCUCUCUCUCUCUCUCUUCUCAAAUGUGUCUUUCUCUCUUUCUCUCUUCUCAAGUGUUUCUGUUUCUCUCUCCUCUUACACACACAUAGUAAUAUCAACCAAACAUCCAAAUCUACACCAACUUGUGAAUCACCCUGUAGUAUUAAUCCGUGUAUUCUUUUUUUCCCUCACCCUGUACCGUCUAUGUCUGUAACAGUGUGUGUACAGCUCCUCGGACUGGAUAGUGUUUGAUGAAUCGGCUGAUGUGUGUGUGUGUGUGUGUUUGUGUGUGUGCGUGUCUGGAGGCGGUGGUUAUAGCUGGUCCUCGAAGCCGGAUAUGGUUGGCGAUAGAGGCCGGAUAUAUAUUGUUCUCGAGGCCGGAAAUGGGUGGUUCUCGAGGCCGGAUAUAGUUGGUGCUUGAGGUCGGAUAUAGAUGGUGCUUGAGACCGGAUAUAGUUGGUAACAGAGGCCGGUUAUUGUUGGUUCUCGAGGCCAGAUAUGGGUGGUUCUCGAGGACGGUUAUAGUUGGUUCUCGAGGCCGGAUAUAGCUGGUCCUCGAGGAAGGCCUAUUAAAACUGGGGCCCACUUCAUCAGCGCCUCCCACACCGCUUACUAAUAUUAUUCUUGCUGCUGAGAGCGUCGUUGCCACCCCAAGCGGUCAGGUCAGGUCAGGUCAGGUCAGGUCAGGUCAAAUUAUGGAUCAAGAGGGAUUACUCUAGGUCCCCAAAUAUCACCUUUCGAAACGCCACCACGGAAGCUGUCCAAUGUUGCUAAUAGUACCACGAACAGGGCUAUCCAACCUAAUUCACACUACUUCAUGAGCUUUGUGGUUAGGUUAGGUUUAAGUUUAGGUAAUGUUGGCGUCGUGUCUGAUUAGUUGUUUACAAGGAGGUGAGGAAGAAAGAUCGCGUUCGUGGUAUCCUUUUCAACAAUGGUUCUCUUGUAAUUGUACAGGAGCCUAUUGACCCCUCUUAUGUCUUGAUCUCCUCCUUCUCUCCUCUUCUCUCCUUCUCCUAUCCUCUUCCUCAUCUUCUCUUCUCCUCACCAUGUUAAUUUAGCCGCCGCGGGAUCUAAAAGGUUUAUAUACUACCAGUCGCUUUCUCCGCUUCGCAACUCAAAACGUUUGACGAUACGACGAGAUAUAUGAUUAUUCACGUCUGACACUUUAAUAUUAAGGCAAUAUUCUGCAAGUGAGGUUCUGUUUGUUCUCGUCUCUCCCUCCCUCCCUCCAACGCCUCCAACACCCCCAAUGCUUCCCCACCUCCCCCUUGAUGGUGAGAGAAGUAUAAGAGUACCAUUGGAAAGGUCUAUCGUCUACCUACGCACCAUUGUAAUUAACAAGUGUACAAAUUGGAAAAUAUUGUAUCGCAUUAAACGUCGCAAUGUUAUUCAAGACGAUGAAGAAGAACAAGAACAACAACAACAACAAAAAUAAGUAGAAGAAAAGGAGGAAGAGAGAGAAUAACAAUAAGAAGAUGAAGAACAACAAAAACAACAAAAACAACAAAUGAAAAAAAACACAGGAUGGAAAUACAACUUAGCCUAAACAAACCACCAUCUCAACAAC